GUUCGUGGUACAUUAGUAUUUAUUUAACCUUUAUUGAACUAGGCAAGUCAGUUAAGAACAAAUUCUUAUUUACAAUGACGGCCUACACCGGCCUAACCUGGACGACGCUGAGCCAAUUGUGCGCCACCCUAUGGGACUCCCAAUCACGACCAUUUGUGGUACAGCCUGGAAUCGAACCAGGGUGUAUAUAGUGACGCCUCAAGCACUGAGAUUCAGUGCCUUUGACCGCUGUGCCACUCAGGAGCCCAAAGGUGCUAUAUGGCCAAUAUACCAUGGCUAACGGCUGUAUCCAGGCACUCCACGUUGCGUCGUGCGUAAGAAUAGUCCUUAGGCUUGGUAUAUUGGCCAUAUACCAUACCCCCUCGGGCCUUUUUGCUUAAGUAACACUACAGUCUUUGUUUAUUGUCUAAUGUCCCAGUCAGUGUCAGAGAGCUGCAGGUAGAAUCCCCUGUCCUUCCAGCUGCAUGUGGCUGCAGUGCAUUAUGUUUUCCUAUCUCUCCUCUUCUCUCCGUUUCAUCCCUCUCUUCAUCCCUCUGUUUAUUAGGUGUUGCCUGUGGGCUCAGAUCAGGCUCAGGCUGGCCCCCCUCCUCCCUCAGACCACAUGGCACCCUUCCCAGGACCCUGUCUAACUCAGUCCCAGCAGCCUCUGGAAGACCUGGAUGCCCAGCUGAGGAGGGCCCUGAGCCCAGAGACGGUCUCUGUCAGCUGUGUCACCACACAGUCCUCCCUCACUGGGAUGCCUGCAGGUGGCCAGCCAGUGCCUUUCUCUCUGGAAGGGGAACCAAUCAUGUCGCCUAUUGCUGGAGGAUUCCAAAUGGGACGAUUCCAGGUCUCUGUGGCUGCAGACCAGGGUCCCCACAAAAUCGAAGGUGGGAGCCCCACAAAAUCCUCCUCCACCUCCUCUUCCUCCUCCUCUUCCUCCAGCCCGGAGAACACACUGCACAAUGUCUCCUCCUCUCCACGGAGAUAA